AUGGUGGGUGUCACGGCCCGGGAGGUUCGAACCAAAAUAAGGUAUAUUAUCGAACGCUUUUUCGAUCCGGAGCAUGUUUUUUCCAACACCCUGGACUCGCUUCUUUUCGAGGUUAACCAGCGCGCCGACGCCAUUUAUAUUGCCAAAAACCCCGGCCCGCACCUCCGCACGAUAUAUUUCCUCGACGAGGAGCGACGUAGCGAAGACUAUAAAAUUGUACCCAAGGAAAUUGGUGAAACUUUUAUCAAAGAAGCGUUUGAAAGCAAAUCACUUUAUAACGUUUAUGCCAGGGGGGUGUCUACGAGCUGGGCGAAUCAAUGGACGACUCACGCUGAAAAACUACCGCAGGAGGUUUCCCGCUUUUUUGUGCUGGUUAUGGAUAUCUUUGCUCAAUACGUCCAAGAUUGGGCGUCUUCGCUACCUUGA